GUGGGCGGGCGGGAGACAGGGAACGUGUCUACAGAAUCGAGGAUGGCGGGAACUAUAUAAGAGGUCAUCUCCGAACUGUAUGAUCAGUUUAUUCGCGCCCUUUGUAACAUACACGCAACCACCACCACCACCAGCCGCUAUGGAGGAAGCUGAGAUGCCCCCUAUAGACCCAGAGCAAAUGGCCAUUCUGAAGAGGGCCUUCGACAGCUUCGACUCGAAGAAAAAGGGAGCCAUUUCGACCGACAUCGUAGGAACCAUCCUGAAGAUGAUGGGGCAAUCCUACAACAGACAAAUCCUAAACCAGAUUAUAGAGGAAGUGGAUGUAGAUGGGUCGGGGGAAUUAGAAUUCAACGAAUUCUGUCUGCUGGCGGCAAAAUUCAUGAAUGAGGAAGACGAAGAGGAACUCAAGAAAGAGUUGUACGAGGCUUUCAGAUUAUACGAUAAGGAAGGUCAGGGCUUCAUUCCAACUGGAGUUUUAAGAGAGAUUUUGCACGAAUUGGACGACAAACUAACUGACGAAGAGCUGGACGGAAUCAUAGACGAGAUUGAUCAGGACGGCUCCGGAACUGUGGACUUCGAUGAAUUCAUGGAUAUGAUGACGGGCUAAGAAGAAGAAGACGAAAGAAAAGAAAGAAGAAGAACAAGGAGGUUGAAGGCUGCAAUAAACGUCUGUUAUGCAACUCGAGAGACAAGACUGACCACAAGACAUGUUGUUCUCUAAACACACAAGUGUCUCUCUCUCUCUCUCUCUCUCUCUCUCUCUCUCUUUAUACAUACAUA